AUGGACCCCGAAUACACUGAUACCUGGUCCAUCUGUCCCUUACUUUGCGGAUCGAAGCUGUCUAUCCUGAUGGAAUAUGUGUGGAAGGGUAUAAACAGCUUCAACGCUGUCCUCCUUUUCCACAUCCCCGGGGGAACGAAGCAAUUCCUCUCUGGCUCGGUCCCUGGAAGCGAAAAGUUACUCUUAUCUUGUUCACCAAGGAACGGUACGAAACCUCUCAUUGGCUUCUCGUCUAAAUUCCACCGUCGAAUGACAUUUCAUCGAUUAGGGUUUGCCUUCCCAACCCAUGGAGCUCCCCCAGCUUCGAAUGCUCCAGGUCUACAAAGGCGAACCCCGAAAUCAACUUCGCCUAAGCUGGGGAAACAACUCAAAAAUCCUGUCUCUUCCUCCAACCGAGACAAGCCCGAGUCGCCUCGUGCGGACGGCAAUACUGGAGCGAAUCUUACAAAUAGAACAGAUCCCUGGCAUUUGGCACAUCCCUAG